CUUAUUUACAAUUCUCAGCCACAAAACUUCUCUCUCUUGACAUGUUUCGUUUCUGAGCUAACACUUCUCAAACAACACACUCGUUUCAGGAUAUAUGCAUAUGGAUGGCUCCAGCUCAAAGCCUGGUGGUAACUCAACGAGAGUUGGUUUGGUUAAAACUGCUGUUAACAUGUAUGGUAACAGGAUUGCAGAUGUUAAUGGUCCUUUGCUGAGAGAGGAAUUCUCCACGAAGAACUCUUCAAAAGCAAAAGAACUCCACAGAGCAAGAAGGGAUAUUGUCCUGUACAAAGAGAGCAAACAGGCUGCAGAAUCUGCGAAAGCUGAAGCAGAAACCAAGCUUUCUAAUGCUAAAAGGACGGUGAAAGAUCUUUUCUUCAUGAUCGGGGAAUCGAGCUACAGGGCAAAAGCGCAAACGAGAGAUAUGGCAUCACUAAAGAAGUAUAGGAAGCCAAGCAAGAAUGUUGGUGAUAAUGAGCAUUCACGAGUGAUGAGAGAAUUGGAACANUAUGGAUGGCUCCAGCUCAAAGCCUGGUGGUAA